AGUCAGAAAUCCAAAGUAAGUCGGCCAGGUUCAUGGAGGUUGACGUAUAGUGUAUUUUAAACUAGUGUAAACACUAGGAGGGCUGCUGGACGUUUCGUUCUGUCUGCGGUGCAUCGAAAUACAUUGCAAGAUACGAAAUGUAUAUAUUUCAGUGAAACAGUUAAAUAAAUUUAUCGUUGCGUUGAUUUUAAUGAUCAGCAAAGUGACGACUCAACGUUUUGUGCUAAAGUUCAAAAGCCCCGUGGAUUUUCUCGGUAUUAUUCAUGUUUACAAUUCUUAAAGAAUAACAAAGGACGCAAUGGAGGCGAAAAACGACGAAGCAAAUUCCAGAUCUUUGCCGCCUCUCGUUGAAGGUAAAGUUCACGGUUAUUUGAGACUUGUCAUCGAUGAGAUUGUUUGGUUAAGACGGAGCCCCGGAGAUGUGACGGUUCUUGCUUCCUGGUGGGGUGAACUGGACAGUGCUCAGCUCAGACCUGCUGAUAUAAAACAGGGCGACCGUCGUAUUGAGAGCGACAUCAGUGAAAUUUAUGCGAUUAGAACAAACCUGGAGCUGUUUGAGGAAUACCUUAAAAAUUGUGAGACGGUGGAACUAGUUGUGAUAUCUGAGAAGAAUCAUCAGGUUAUUGGAACGGCUCAGGUAGCCGACCUCUCGAAUUUGCUUUGUGGGAAAUCUCAUUCCCAAUAUGUUCCCAUUUUAAACGACAAUGGAAGCCGAAUUGGCGAUAUUCACGUGUCAAUGAAGUUCUCAAGCGUACAAAAAAAUGCUAAGAGUCCAAUGAAAAAGUCAGAAAUGAAAAUUCUAACAAAAGACUCUCCACUUAUUGAAAGUCUGAGUUGUUCAAAUCGUGAACCAAAAAAAUCAGCAUUCCCUUAUGAAAAUGAUGUUCCGGUAGCAAUAAAAAAUGCCAAACAAAACGAGAAUGUGUACAGAUCGAUAUUGAAAGAACGUCGUUUGGACCCAGUGAAUGCAGGAAUCAAAUCGAUCAACGGAGUGAAUGAUAAACUUGUUGCUCAAGUAGUUGCCAGAGCUCAGAGGUUACGAGGAGCCAUACUAAAAGAGUCUAGGGACGAAAAUCCUUUAGCAUUGAGUGAAAGUUCAACUGAUAGUUUUGAGAGUGAUUUAUCAGCCAACAAUGAAGCCAAUUUGUACGGAUACUUUCUUGGUAAAAAAAUGUCACAUUGGGAGGAGAAAAAAGCAUUGAAUGCAUUGAGAACAACGUCGCCCACACCGAGUCUCAUCGAUCUCGCUGCGGAGACAAUUCGAACUUGCAGAGAAGACAAAAAUCCUCCGAUACAUACUGAGGAUAAAAUCCCAAUGGUUAAAGAUAAUAAAGUUGCAGACAGUAUCUCGGUCCCGGAGGUUCUUAGCCCACGUCCACGCGAAACUUUACCCAUUGACUAUGUUGACAGUCUCAGAAUCGCCGUUGAAUCUUUGACUCUUAGUCCUGCUGGUUACAGACGUGUUCGUUCUUCAUGUUUGUCACGAGGCGAUGGAAUACCGCUGUCAGUCACCUAUUUUGUUCAGUACGAUUCGACUUUUGGUAAUACAAAGAAAUUCAAUCGGAAAAUCAUAAAUCAGAGUAAACCCGUUAAAUUAUGCUCGAGGAAACAAGUCGGUCAAGUCAUAUAUUUCAAUCACGAGGCCGUUUAUGAUCUACCGAAAACGUAUCUCCGCAUGGAUGUACCGUUGAAAUUCAAGAUAUUUCAUCGCCACUUGAAUCAACGUACUCCUACCGAACUGGGAAUCGGCUCGAUUUACGUCACAGAUGCAGCUCGAGCACGUUCUCUAAGUUCGACUCAACGACUCAUUAUUGUUAAUAAGGGAAUUAAAAUCGGUGAACUCAAAGUAACCGUCGAACUUGGAUGCGAUAAAAUACACUUUGGAAAACAAUUCGUCGAGGCAGUCAUGUCGGCCAAGGAAAAUAUUCCCGUACUUGAGGUUUCCUCUGAAUCGAGUCUGGAAACUCCAAGAUACAGAACAGCGACAGGUGGUGAGUCAAGGGAGGAGAACGCUAAAUCAUCAUCAACGUCGGGAAGCAAGCCAGAAAAUUCCCGGAACUCAAAUAGCGCAGAUAGAAUAGGAAGGCCAGAAAUGAGUCAACCAAGGGAUCUACACGAGGAGGAAAGAAUUGUUGAGCGAGAAGAUCCUCGUCGCGAACACGAUGAUAAAGUUUUGCUCCACGGUCUGAUUUACGUGGCUCAGGGGAAAGAUUUAUCGUCCUUCAACACGUACCUCGUUUGCCGAGGUUUCUGGCGCGACGAUAGAGCGGCCAGUCGUAUUUGCACUGAAACGAACAACCCCCUUUAUAAUUUCCACCAACUAAUACCGCUCGUGCACAGUCAAGAUUUGCUCGAACGUACGAGAAAUAAUUGUAUCGUCAUAGAAGUUUAUUCUCGCAAAGCAAAUGGAAAUGACGAACUUCUCGGGAUAUCGAAACUAUCGGUACAUCGGCUGUACCUUGCUUACAGCGACCCUCAGGUGUUGCCACAAUUGUUGAGCUCAAAGUAUCCAGUAAUAAGCGUUGAUGAAUGGGUUUCGAUCACUAAUCCUGUGACUGGUCGGUCCUGCGGCCAAAUUCAAGCUCUCGUAGCCCUUGGAACACCCGAUCAAAUCGUACUGCUAGAAAUGACCCGAGGUCUCCGGGAUUUCAACGUGACUUGUGACAAUCGCGGGCCAGUCGAUGGAUUCUCGAAUCAAACGAACAACCCCUCGAAUACAAAAUUUACUCAAAAUCAAGAAAACCCUACGAUUUACGAGAGAGCUAAUCAUAAUUUUGAAAACUAUCACUCGAACAACGAGGUCGUUGAAGAUCGUAGUCUCAAGAAUAUAUCUUGCCAGACGGAAAUAACGACGGUGAAGUAUUUUAAACAAAAUAGCACCGGAGAAGAACUUACGAACGAGAAUCGACAGAGCAACGUUUUGAAUGUUAUCGUCGAUAGACUGGCACAAGCUCUGAAUGCUCCAAAAUCCAGUACCGAUCAAGCCGCACAAACGGAAAUAGAUUUUCGUACGAGGAAUUCAAACGAGAGUGCAAAAGCUCACGAAAUUGAACCGCUCAAUUUGAACCCAUCGACCAACAACAGUUUCUCAGGUGACAGCGCCAGCGACGCCGAUAGUCAAAGGGGUCGUUUUCUUCCGUCUCGAGAAAUCUAUCGAAGCGUUGGAGUUGGUGCUGAAUUUGAUGAUCCCGUUAAUCCAACGCCCAGCACGAGCUAUGCUAACACGAAUGUCGUCUCGAUCUCUAAGGAAUAUCACUCGACGCAUUCAGCGACAAACGUACCGGAACGUAAAAAUGAAAACCCAAAUUCAUUAUUGAAUCGUGGAAUUCCUGAGAGAAUUUCCACAACAAGAUUACACAAUCCAGUCAUCAAUGAAUGUUUGAAUUCUGAGAGAUCGGAUUACGAAAAUUCAUCGUUUCGCGUCGUUGUUGAGAUCGAGUGUGCUCUGCAUUUGCCAAAAGUUGAUAGAAUCGAUGAUACUGUGGAACCUUGUACUUAUGUGACUUUUCAAAGAGCACGAAAUCGUAACGAGACCCAGUACGGAUGUUACGUCGUGACCAAUCUCUAUCCGUUUAGUUGUACUCCGAAAUGGGAUUGGCGGUGCGAUACAAGGCUUUCUAACGAAUUACUGGAAAACGAGGACAAGAGAUUAAUAUUGAAAGUCUGGCGUUUGAUGGAACCAGAAACAAGCAUGGAAAUCAAUUUGGAACGAGACAUAGUAAUAGGUUUUUCUGCAAUCGACGUGUCUGUUCUCACUGUUGGUUUUCCCGUCGUUUCUGGAUGGUUUCACGUUAUGGACUUCACGGGAAAAUGCAAUGGGCAAAUAAAGGUGAGUGUAACACCGCUGGACAAUAUCGCGACGUUUGGCAAAACUACGGGCCAAUUGAAUCCAGCAAGAUCGAUUCUUCCGGAUUUCGAUUAUUCCAAUUUCUCAUCACCUUAUCCCGAAGAUCUGCCUAACAACGGAGAAAUUAUAAAUUCGGAACGCAGCAGUAAUGAAGAAAUCGUGACGAAUCGCUCUCAAAUAGAACACGAACCGGUGCUAGAUAUAGGCCUCAAUCUCGGCGAUGCGUCGAUGUCUUUCCUUUCGCUAUCGCUCAAACAAAAGCUCACAGAGUUGGACGAGAUUAAAAAGCGGCUGCAAACGAGGCUGCACGACGUGACGAAUACCGCGUUCGAGGACGAUUUCGAGAAUGAUUUCGACACACCAGUGGCAGAAGAUGACGAUGCGAAUAACGGGAAUACCGAGGAUUCUAGGAACGUGCUUCGCGAUUUGGAGAAUUGGGAGCAACCGAGAGAACCGUUUGAGAGUCGAAGUCUGAUGGAGGAACGUGGUACGAUGACAAAUGGUAAUCGAGCGCAUAAUCCAGAGGGUUUCGAAAGGGCGCGUGUGACGAGUAAUAGCAACAGUGCGAGCAUCGAUGCAAAUUUCACGGAUACCGGAUAUUCGACGAGCUCGAACGUUCAAUCGUGUCGAAAUGUUUCGAACGGGAAUCGUUAUUUCGAAAAUGACGACAAUCGUUUUUGUUCUCGAAAUUCUGUCGAGGAACACACGAUCAAUGGUUAUGAUCGAGCGACCAUGUACGCUGGUAUUGAAAAUUUGAGCAACGGUCAUUGCCCAAAUCGAGCACCGAACGCACUGAAUAGAACGGAUGUUUUGAACGUGAGAAAUUAUCGAAGCGGCGAUUCAGAGUCUCUGGAUUUUCGAGGAUCGAGCGAAUUGUCAAGAAACUUUGAACCGCAUAAUGGAUCGACCGACGGUAGCGAGGAUCAUCCGACCCGUGGAACCAGAAUGCACAUAAAUUAUUUGUUGGACAAAUUAAAAACCCAAUUGACUGCUGUACCGCCACCACCCACUACAAAUCAACCGAUGAAGCGCAAUAUCAUGGAUCUCAUAACGAGUCUUCGAAGGGAUAACAACAAUUUUUCGAACGAAACAAAGUGCAAUCGCGAGGUGAACGUCAGGACCGUACCAACUCAGACGGAGACGAAUUACGCUCGUGAAAUACCGUUGACCCAAAUGUCUAAUAAUUCGACGGAAACUCGAGGAAAUUUGAUCUCGAACGAGAGGCACGAUUCGACGAAUGAUGGGCAAACGUCGAUCAAAACACAAUCGAUGAAACACAAAGUUUCGACCGCUGUAAGAGAAGAAUUGGCUGCUGACGAGGGCAACGAUACUCUUGAAUGCGACGAUUUAUCCACCCAUUUAAUGACCACGAACGUUCGUCAUAUGGAUCUUCAAAGUAUUCUCAAUCCUUUGCUUUAUCAACACGUGAUCCCAGACGUUCGCACAGCCUCGAACGGAGGAACCGAGAUUAAUUUGCAAAACUCUUCAAACGACUCAACUACACCCGAAAUCGAAGAUAUUGUGCGCCUGGAUUCAAGAUACACAGACAAUUUCAAUUCUACGAUCAACAGUGGUCUCAGCAGAUUGCGAAAUCUCAUGGAAACUGAGAGCGCAUCGAGAUGUGCUGCCAGCGUGACAGGCACUUCCGAAAACAAUGAAAUUUUCCGUAUAACUCCUUCAGGAAUUUCUGAAAACAUCGAUGGUAACAUCGACGUCACGGUUAUUCACAAACCAUGCAACGAUGAUCUUAUGGCGAGCAAUAGCGUUGAUUCGACGACGACCAUUUCGUUGGAUAAUGAUUUUCAGAAUGCAACGGAAAACGAUGACAACAGCUCGUUGAAUUCUACGGAAACUUCGGUUUCCGGUGUUUCGAGACAAGCUCCGGACGGCGGUAAUCCGGUAGAGGAAUCGGGCACGUCUGUUAUGAGUAAAAAACAAAUUGAUUCCCAGGAGUCUUCGUCAACGAGCUGAAUUACAUGGAACAAUGUAAAAAAAAAAAAAAAAUGACAGCGAGUUCGUACCUUGCAAGCGUUUUUCCGUAUGGACAUUCCUGAAUUUUCUCCCUAGAAGUUCCUUCGUACGAACUUACGAUAUGCCCGUUCGAGAGAAAAACUUAAGAAAAUAUUUCUCAGUAUGGCGAACUUCGCUCGUAUCCAAAAGUGAAAUUUCGCGUCGUUUCCCUCGAAUUAACGAGUUUUCGAUGUUUUUUUUUUCUGUAAAUUUCAAACAAUCCUGCGAGAAAUCUUAGAUUAAUUCCAAACAAUUCUAAGUUCACGAGUGAUGAAACACUUUUUUAGUAACUUUUUGUUAACGCUUUUUCACGGAAUGUCGACGGGUAUUUCUUCUCGCAAAUUCUUUCCGAAAAACCCUCAAUCAUUUUUCUCUACCAGUUUAAAUAUUUGCAUGCUCUAUGAAAGAGUGAGAAGAAAUAGGCAAAAAAAAUUGAACCUCGAUGUUCGUACGUAAAAGCUUGAACUGACAGUUGAAACAAUAAUUGAAAUACUCGAUGAUUCCGAGUGUUCGGUUACUCUCAAAUGACUGAAUUAAAAAGUAUACGUAAUUGAAAUACCGUCUACAGCAGAGAAUAAUUAGCAUCAUUAAUAAAUAAUUUAUCAACUGUUUGACGAAAUGAUCGAUUGAUUUCUACACGCUUGAAUAAACAGUUAUAUUGUUCCAAGUAUUAACUGAAUAAUGUAACAAUAGGUCAAAUAUUUUUCUACGAUCAUUCUGUAAAUAGAUAUUAUUAAAGUAGUAAUUGAUUAAAUUGUUUGGAAUAACGUUCCUCGGCGACAAUGAUCUAAAAUAUAUCGUUGAAACUGAGAAUAAGAAAAAAAACGUCUUCAACAGUUCGAUUCAACGAUGGAAAUUUUAUUGAGACUCUUUCAACGUUAAUAAACUAUUAAUACUCAACAGA